AUGGAAACCAAAUGCCAAAACAACAAGCGUAAAGUUUGGCAAAAUGACAUUAAUUUGCAUUCUGGUACACGUUUGAUGGUCAAGGUUCCUCGUUACAGGGUUUUUAAGCUCCUUGGUCAGUUCUUGAUGGUUUUUGCUUUAACCAUUAUGUUACUUAAAUUCAUCCUGAACAACGAAACUGGUCUGAACCCUGAAAUUGUAUCCGAUGAUGCUGUUACCUCCGUUGAUCCGAUUAAUCUGGAGUUUCUGCCAGUUUUGUUCAAUGAUUUGAACAAUGAAGGUAUUCUGAAACCGGGGAAAAAAGGAGUAUUGUUGAGGGAUGAAUAUGAUGAAGAAAAAGAAACCAUUCAGGGUUCUUUGUUGUCGACGAAAAUCGAUAUGGAAUUCAGUGCUGUAAAUGAUUUCGAAGAAAAAAGCUUUAUCCCCAAUGAGUCCUUUGAUUUCAUCUUCACCAAAAGCUUUCAAUCCGCACACAAAUUCAUCGACCGCAUCCUCAAAGUCGGUGGCAUCGUUGUUGUUCAAGAUCUGGGUGAAUGGUCUUCACAUUCAUUCAAUAAUUCGUCUGAUUAUAAGAUUGUUUACUACAGGAAAUUCCAGUUGAUAAAUGUUUUUGUAAUGAAAAAGCUCAAAAAUGUUCGAACAACCUCAGCCACCACCAAAAGGCGGCUCUUUGGGUAUAACACAUCGGAAGCAAAGAAAGCGGCAUUGAAGAAACUAGAAGAUGUUCUUCUCGAACCACCGAGAGCAUUCUCGGGGACAUCGAAAACCUACCGCAAACGAACCAAAUAUUUACCGGACUUAUUGGGGGACACGCUUGAAAGCUACCCUCGUCGGGUUUUCAUCGACGUAGGCUCGCCGAAGAAAGACGGUGGUAGCAACACCAACUGGUUUUCCAAGCACUACCCAACACGGAACCUGGAAUUCGAGAUGUACAAGAUUGAGACACUAACCAAGGAGUCAUGGAAGAAAAAAGCGGUGCUGGAGACGACGGGGAUGUCGGAUUGGCUGAGAAAGAAUGUGAAGGAAGAAGAAUAUGUGGUGAUGAAGGCAGAGGCGGAAGUGGUUGAAGAUAUGGUGAAGAGCAAAGCUAUAAGAUUGGUUGAUGAAUUGUUCUUGGAAUGCAACCCUAAAGGAGUUGGUGGAAGAAAAAAUAUGAGAAAAAGGGCUUACUGGGAAUGUUUGGCUUUGUAUGGCAAGUUAAGGGAUGAAGCUGUUGCGGUACAUCAAUGGUGGGGUUGAU